GAUGGACAACGUACUGACUAAACUAGUUUCUGGGAGGCUCAGCACCUACGCUGCAAUCAUUCUGAUGUUUACCUACAGUCUUUUGCUGGACAGGGACUUUGCGUGUACCUGCAAACCACAAGACCGUGACUGCUAUUUGUACCUGUUUCUGCCAGUUGUUAUAAUAUUUCUCUUAAUACUCUGGACAGACAGGCCAUUUCAGAGAGUCUGUAGAUUCUUGUGUUCAGGUGCCUUCCAAGACAGUGAGCGGCUCCACGCCGGCAGCUUUUUGGUUUCUGCCAUGUGUAAGCUUCUUAAAGCGUUGUUAGUCGGUCUGCUCUGGGUUGCUUUUGUGUUAAUUGAAGCAGACUGGUUUGUUUGCUGUCAGGAUAAGUCUAAUACAACGGCACAGGUAGCCUGCAAAGACAAGGAAAAGUUCAGCGAUGAGGAGCGAGUCCUCAUCGCUGAACUGAAAAACGAGUCCAGGGUUAUUGGUGGAUUUAUACUCGUUGGUAUCAUUCUGAUGGCGUCGCUUAUGCCGCUGAUUCAAUGGACUAAAUGCUGUGCAGAAUCAAGUUCUAGCAACAGAAAAGUUCUGUAUGAAAAAUUGAUUUUGGAGGAGGAGGGAAAAGUACUGAAAGAGAUUCUGAGGAAAUCAGCAAAGGAAAAGUUGACUGAAAGCCUCAUUAACAAGAUAGGCACCAAAACCUGGAAAGGCCCUUUUGAUGUUGCUGCAGAGCUGAUGAAAGACUCCAGUGACCUGACACUUUCUGAACAUCACCAAAAACAUUGGGAGGACUGGAAGAAGAAAAAGGAAAAAGAAAAAGACAAGACCACAACAGGAGCGGCAGGCGGAGCAGCAGGCGGAGCGGCAGGUGGAGCCCAGGAUAUUCCCCUUUUGGCCCCGCCUCCAGGCUCAUCAGACAAGAAGGAAAGACGAUCUACGAUGUUUUAAUUUAUACACACACAGAAAUUCUUCUAUUGAUUUAUAUAAUUUACAUUUUGUGCUUGUAAUAAUACUGCAGAGAGUGCGGUCUAGAAUUACAGUGCAUUGAGGUAACUUUUGUUAUGAAAUAUGAAUUUGUCAGAUAAUAUGUAAA